AAUAAUAAUAAUAAUAAUAAUACAAUUUAACUAAUGAAGAGGUUGAUGAUUGUUUAACUACGGUCAAUAUGUUGAACUCAAGAACUACCGAUGUCAACAAGAAAUACGAUGAACAGCUCAAUGAAUUACAAACGAAUUCAAUUGCCCAGUUAUCUAUGGACAUUUCAGAGCCAUUAUUAAAUUUAAUUUUGACCGCAAACCAGCAAGAACAACCUGUAAUAAACUCGUCGAUUUUAUCAAGUUUAGAUAUCAGUCAAUUAACUGCUUCAUAUAGUAAUGAGGAUAAUAAUCAUAACAACAAUAAUGUCAAUAGUGAAGAAGAUGCCUUGUUUAUUGAUUCAAGUAAAUAUUUUAAUACUAGUGAACAGUUAAUGCCUCAUGAGGAUGUUGAUAUAGAAUCUACUCAUUUCAGUGAACCAAUCUCUUAUGGUGGUGAUGAUGAAGGGGAAUAUGGUGAUGGCGACUCUGAGAACGACAAUAACAAUGAUGAAGGUGGUGUUGACAAGGUAGAAAAAAUAGACGAUGAUGAUGACGAAGUGGAUGGAGAUGAUGGUGGUGAUGUUGGUGAAGAUGAUGAUGUAGAACAAACGGAUAAUGAUGAAGAUAAUGUUGGUGGUAGACAACAAAAUUCCAUGUCGAAAUUUCACAACUAUACAAAAUCGAAUAAUGAUAUGGAUAAUAGUUUAAUUGAUGAUAAUGACGACGUUGAACAAAUUAGACAAACUAUACAUGAUUAUGACACAGUAUCACAAACAUCGGAGAUUCUCUCGGAUCAUGACAGCUUGCAAUCGAGUAUUGAUUCAAAUAAAUUAUUGUUGUUAAAAAGUAAAUUUAUGAAUAAACCGAAAAAUUCAUUAAGUAUUAUAGAUUCAAUUAAGGCAUUGAAAAGUCAAAAGUCAACUAUUGCUGCGACUACAACAAUUACUACUCCGAACACUAAUAAUGGUGUUAUACCAAUGAUAGAAUAUGAGUGUAAUCUUAUAACGGAUGUUGGUAGUGAUAUAAACUCAAGUUAUGAUGAUUAUGAAUAUCAUGCUAGAAAUAGGAAUACAAUUGAGGAGCUUUUAAAACUGCCUGGUCUACGAUCUACCAAUGGUAGUAUUAGUAAUAAUAGUAAUAACAUCAGUAAUAAACGAAAGGUAAACCAAACCUCACGUCAUCCAUUAUGGUUUAAAUUAUCUACAAAGGAUAAACCAAAAUUACAGUUCAGUGAGGCAUCAACGAGUCGGUUCAAUAAUGACAAUAAAUUACAAUGCAAUUUCAAAGAACAAAAACCAUUUUCUAUUAUUCCAACACAGAUGAUAGACAACACACAUAAUACUAGCAGUAAUAAUAAUUGCAAUAACAAUGAACUAGAUAUGGACUCUUCACCUAGAUCAAUUUUUAGCGAAAAGUUGAAUGGAUGUCAAUCCUCUUCAAAUUAUCAACCGGGAAUAGUUAGUAAAUCAAAUUGGGAAAGAAAAACCAAAGAUCCCAAUAUUUGCAGUGAGAUUACUUUAAUUCAUCCUAAGUUAUGUGCUUCAUCAUCGUCAUCCUUGUCAUCCUCACAUUCGUCAUCGUAUGGAAAAACAAUAUCAGAAAGUUAUUUAUUGAGGAAUAAGAACUUUAAAAGUUUAUCCAAUCGUCGUUUAACUGAUUUUAGUCAUCACUAUCAUCAUGAACAUUCUCAACGAUCUCAGUGUAGUAAGUUAAAACCUUUACCUCGAUAUCAUAAAGACAAUAUGAGACCAUUGUCAUUGGUAACAACUGAUCAAGUUCCAUCCUGUAGUAAUCAUACAUCAUCUUAUGUAUCUUCUAAAUGUAAACAAUCUAAUCAAUUAAGUGGAAAUGGUCUACAAAAAGAACUAUUAACUAAUAGGUCUAUUACAAUCAACUGUAAUAAGAAUGAAAACAGUAAUCAAUUGAGAAAAAACAACAACAAUGCUAGUUCAUCAUUGUCACCAUCGAUAACAGCAGUCAAAACAACCAUGAAAUGCUCUGAUCAUUUGCAACCUGAUAAAUUGUACCAUUUCUCAUCAAUAUGUAAUGAUCCGACUAAUCUGAUGGUGAAGACGACUACGAAAAUAAAACCGUCAGGACAGAUUACAAAAAAUGCAAUUCAGCAUUUAGAAAAUGAUAUUGAUGAAAAAACAAUGACAGGAGAUCGUGAUGUAAGUGAACAUGUAUUGAGUAAUCGACGUUUUUGGGAGGAUUCCAAUCUUAAGACUAAUAAUGAUGAUAACAGUGAUAAUAGUAACAAAAGUAAUAAUAAUUAUGAGAAAUUGUUUAAUUCAUCAUCAUGUUCAUUAGUAAAUAACCAUGAAAAUGGAGUAUUUGUUAAUCAACCGAAACACGUAUGCAAUUCACCACGCACUGUCACAGUAAAAUCCAAAUCUGCUAUGAGAAUGAUGAACACAAUCCCUCAAAAUAAUGAAACAUGUCAUCCACUGACUAGUAAUGGAGAUUCAACACCAAGUAAAUCUAUAUUAUCAGGUGAAGUUGAUUCUCGUGAUAUGUGCAUUAAACGCUCUGCUGAAACUAAACACAUUCAUGAUAAUUUAGAAUGUGACAGAUUGAAUUAUGAACCAAUGUACAAUUGUAAACCAAAUUUGUGUCAUGUAUCGUUGGAACAUCAGAGUGGAGCCAUAAAUUCACUUUUAAAAUCUGAUUUAGAUACUAUGAGCUCAGGUGAAGUUGUACCAAAUCAUUCAGAUGUCAGUUCUCUUCCAUCCCAGCCAAUUGGUCUUGCAGUUCACAACAAAGAAUCAAAUAUUUUAGGCAAUGAUUAUCUAACUGAAACUCAUCAAUUGAUAACAGAACCAACAGAUCUAAGUUUAGCUAUGCUGUGUCACAGAAUCAGUCGUUUACAGACCGAAGCAGAAGCUGUGGCUAAAGCAAUCUCAGUUAAUAAUCAUAACAAUAAUGCUUGUAUCAGAAAUAAACAAUCUACGAAUAAUUUACCGAUUAUCAAUCAACAGUUUGCUAGUCCAGUAGAUGAAGCACAAUCACUCCGAACCGAUUCAAAUAGUCGUACAAUUAAUGAAAUACAGAUUCGUCAUUCACCGGGAAAAUCUGAUGAAGGUCUCGGUAGAUCAGUCAGUAAAAAUGAACAGCCAAGUCAAUUAGACAAUGGUGCUAAUAAUAAUAUUUAUGAUCAAGGCGAUACUUGAAAUAAUCAUAUAAGUGAAAAAGUAAUGGUUGAAUGAAUCAAUACUCGAUCUAGAUGAACAAUGACAGAUUUUGGAUUUUCUUUUGACUGUAUUCAGUGCACUAUCCAUACAACAGCGGCCAAAAACAGAAUUACACACAAAUAUUAUCAUCAAUACGAUUUAUUAUUAUUAUUAUGUUUCAGUCUAACAUAAACCUCUUUUGACAACUGUGUGCUGGCAAAUGAUUUGCUGGAACAGUUCGCUUUUCCAUUGUUCAUAUUUGAUCUUAUGCAGUAAAUGUUCUUUGCAUAAAUGCUAUCACCAUUAUGGUGUUCUGAUAUGGAUAGUUGUAGGACUCAAGUUAACUAUAUUUAUUUUGGCUUUUUCUCUCGGUCUAUCGAUCCUUUUGAUAUUUCACAAAAAAACUUUUGACAAUAAUAACUUCAAUGACGUGCGUUUAUACCUGUGUUCAAACAAUUGUCAUGUUUUUCUUUAACCAAUUUAAAUUGUUAACUUUUGUGUAUCUAAUCCGUUAUCAUGAUUUGAGCCCAUGAUAAAAAUAGGCAUGA